UGUUCAGUAGGUAGGUUGUGUAUAGUUAUGCAUGCCGUCUUUGAGAGUUUUAAAUUCUUGUGAAUUAAUUCUGCAGUCUCGUAGUUUGUUAAUCAAUGCCAUCUCUUGAUUUAAACAAACCGGUGUUUUAAAGAGGAAAAAAAAAAGAGAAGCGCGCCACGAUGUGGGGGAACCUCGGUAGAAGGCCGAAAUAGAGGCAGGGAGCUCUAGUCAUGGUCUUGCCGGGGUGCCGAACACGCUUGCCUGUGUAGAAAGCAUAGGCGGUCCUUUCUGGACGAUUGUCGUGGGCGUUUUCUGUUUGAGAAGUUUUGUAACAGUCUGAAAGAAAAUUCAGAAUGUCGUAUAUGCUUCCUCACCUUCACAAUGGGUGGCAGGUGGACCAAGCCAUCUUAUCAGAAGAAGAUCGUGUUGUAGUCAUCAGAUUUGGACAUGACUGGGAUCCAACAUGUAUGAAAAUGGAUGAAGUCCUAUACAACAUUGCGGAAAAGGUGAAAAAUUUUGCAGUAAUUUAUCUGGUAGAUAUCACUGAAGUGCCAGACUUUAACAAGAUGUACGAGUUGUAUGAUCCAUGCACAGUGAUGUUUUUCUUCAGGAAUAAACACAUAAUGAUUGACUUGGGAACUGGUAACAACAACAAGAUCAACUGGCCCAUGGAAGAUAAGCAGGAAAUGAUCGAUAUUAUAGAAACUGUGUAUAGAGGAGCACGAAAAGGCAGAGGUCUUGUGGUGUCUCCAAAAGAUUAUUCAACUAAGUACAGAUAUUGACAAGCUGUGUUGGACUGUUUUGCCAUAAACUUCGCUUGUUUUCUUCUCUGCACUACUACAGUUGCAAAAGACAUUGAACAAUUUGGAUAUAACCUUAAUUUGGCUUACAGUUUGGUACUGUACAGAGGCCAGUAACUCUUGCCAGACAUUUUAGGAUUUUUACUUGUGAUACCAAAAGAAGACUCCAUUUCAGAGAAGACUAUUGGAUUCCCUCACAAAGAGAGAAGACACUUAUUGAGUUAAGUUCAAAAUGGUUGACACUGCAGUGAGUGUGAAAAUGGAUAAAUUUAGAAAUAAAUGAUAUUCAUUUUGUUUUGAAAUAAAGAUAUUUUCUGUGAA